GGAUUCUGGCACAAGCUCUCGCGACAGUCGUUCGCUACACCUCCUGACCUCGGUGCGCGAGUUGAACGGCACCAACACUUGCUUGCCGACGUCGCUCCACAUCGCGACUUCUCUUCCUAUCUCGCAUCUCGCAUCAGGAAGCUCUGCCGGCUACCAGUCCACUCGCUGAUCUUCAGCUUACCCAUGCCCAUCCUUCGACCCCUCGAGUCGAGCUUGACUGACCCCCGAUCGCCGCGUACCACUUCGGCAGCGCUGAUCGCAUCAUGACCUCAUCCUCCGGCGCCCUGCCUACACGACCUGCCGAGCCAGAGGUUCGGCAUUACGAUCACGCACAGCCCCGCGCUAAGAAUCAUCAUCACCACCACCACCACCAUCAGCAUCACCCUUAUCAGCAUCGGCCGUCCGCAGGGGGCGGCCUGUUCCAAUCCCCUUCAGCUGCAGCUCGUCUAGGCAGGCACGCCUUUCCCCACCACGCUGCAGACUCUUUGCGUGACCUGUCUGCGCUGGCCGACCUGAUAGAUGAUCGAACGGGGUGGUACGAGGAUAGCCGCGUUACCGACGAGCAAGUAUCGGCAGCCUGUCGCGCGGCCAAAGAGAGGGGCAAUGGUGAUAAUAGAGCUGGUAUUCGAGAGUUUUACGCAAAGCAAAACGCCAUUCUGGACUCGUGGCGCGAGUGCGAUCUCAUCCUCGAUAGCCAAUUUCCCGAAGAGGUCAUCAAGCGCUUUGGAGAUGUAGAAACGGAUUUGAACGACCGGCAUGCUCGUCGACCCGGCGCGAUACCUUCGCACGUCUGGAAUGCCGAUACUGGCUACUCUAGCGAAGACGACACUUCGGAUGAUGGCAUUGGACGGCGCUUCGGUGCGAAAGGCAGGAGAGACAGCAAGGGAAGCUUGACCGCUGCUACCAGCGCCCUCUUCUCUGGCUUCUGGUUCGGCGCGAGUGCAAAGGAGAAGGAAAGGCGCCACCGGAACGGGAGCGCCGAAAUCGAUGAGGAGUCGGGAUUGAUGCAUCCUGAGCCUCAGAGCCCCCGCGGUCGCGCAGCCACACCUUCUCAGGGAUAUGGGAGCACAGCUAGCAGUAGCGCGCCGCAAUCAGCACCUCCCCUGAGCAACAACUUUGCGAAGGGUCAUGGUCUGACAGCUAUUGAGGAUGUGGAAGGUGGACAAACGCAGCAAGCAAAAUCCGACCCAGGCAAGGCAGGCGUCGUUAGGGCCACCACCCCACGAGGGACUCGCAUAGCAGCGCUUGAGCACGUUCCUCGGACAGCUGGUAAGGGCAAUGGUGCAAUGAAGUCUGGGACGGCUGUUCAGAACGGCAGCAAGCCGGCGACCAACGGGGACGGCAGUGCAGCUGGUCGAUCUCGCGCGUCUACCAAGGGUAGCUCCAGCUCCCAUGAUCCCGAACAGGACGAUGAGCUUGGCGGCUACGAAGAUGAGGUGGAGGAUGACGAGGAGGACGAGGAAGAGCCCGAAGGAUCGCUGGAUCGCAAGCUUGCAAUGGAGCGAGCCGAGCGCAAAGCGAGGCAAAGGCAGCGCAAAAAGGAGAUUCACGUGCCCACGGUGGGCAAGAUCCAGCUCCAGCGCAGCACGUCCACUGGAAGAGCGAGCCGAUCCGAUGCUACAUCUGCCCAGGUGGAUGAGCAAGCUUCGCGAGACAAUGUAGCAAUUCCUGGCGGUCAGCGAGAGCAAGAGCGGCGAAAGCUUCUGGCGUACGUUCCUGGCAAGGCUGAUCGCGAUCAGGAGGAAGAGAGAAAGUCGCAAUUUGCGAUCAACAUCAACUUGGCCAUCAAUGUUCUUCUGCUGGGAGGCAAAGGCGUCGCCGUCCUGUCUUCCAACUCGGUCUCGCUCAUUGCCAGCUUGGUUGAUAGCGCGCUGGAUCUACUGAGCACCCUCAUCAUCUUCAUCACCUCGCGCGCUGUAUCUCACGUCUCUUGGAGAAGCUGGUACCUCUAUCCGACCGGCAAAAGGAGAUUGGAGCCGAUCGGCAUCGUCGUCUUCUCUGUGCUCAUGAUCGCUUCUUUCGUCCAAGUCCUGCUCGAGUCCCUACAGAGGCUCUACGUGGUCCUCAAGACGGGCGGCAAAGAAGGCUCGCAGGAGUUGGCAGAUUUGCCCCUCAUUGGCAUCGCUUUCAUGCUUCUUACCAUUGCUAUCAAAACUUUCAUGUGGCUGCUUUAUCGCAAGUCCAAAAGUAGCGGCGUCCGUGCCGUGGCGCAAGAUGCCGAGAACGACGUCGUAUUUAACAUUGCGUCGCUCAUUUUCCCAUUCUUGGGCUCGAAGCUUGGUUGGCCUGCACUCGAUCCCAUCGGAGGUAUUUGCCUAUCUAUUUACAUCAUUUACGAAUGGGUUGAGACUCUGCUUGAAACCAUUUCCAAGCUGACGGGAGCAGCAGCGGGACCAGAAGACGUUGCUCAGGUGUUGUACCUCAUCACGAGAUUCCGAUCCGUCAAGAGCGUGUCUGCCUUUGAGCUGUAUCAUGCUGGCGACAUGCACAUUGCCGAAGCCGAUAUUGUGCUGCCCCAUACUCUGCCGCUCAAGGACGCCCAUGAUCUCGGCGAAUGUGUACUCUACUGUGCAGAGUCUCUGGAUAAUACCGAGCGCUGCUUCAUUCACCUCGACUACUCGGAGCGAAAUCAGCCGGGACAUUUCGGCAGCAGAGGAUAGCAGUCGCGCUUCUCGCACCUAUCGCGAUCUUCUUCAUGUUGCGCGCACUCUAUACGUCACAAUCUUUGAACGCGCCUGUCCAUGUCGUUGGCCCACGCAGACUGACAGUACUCGAUGUGGGAAAGAAUGA